UGGGUAUGUUGGUAAUAAAAUGACGCUCGCAGGCGAAUUUCUUCUUAAACAUUAUUGUGAAAUCGAUUGGAAAACACCAUGUCAACAUUUGGAGCUGAAGUGGAUGCAAUUUGGCCACCAGUCGAUGAAGGUGCGGUGCCAAAAAUUACCCCAUUUGGCCGACGCCUGCUGGAGCAAUGCAAAUCGGUGAAGCAGCCCGAUCCAGAUGCCACUGUGGAUAUGUCUGCAUUCAUGCAGAGAUCAACGGACUUUCCGCUCGAGUUUGGCGUGGAGAGCUGCCGGGUGAGAAGUCAGCCGACGUCGCGUCAUGAGUGCAUUGGCAAGCAGAUCUCAUCCGCCUAUCCGGUGAUACACGAGCGCACCCUGGCCCUCUAUCUGCAGUAUCUGGAGCACAAGAGGCUGUACGGCAACGUUGUGGAGUUCCGCAUCUAUCGCAAUCUGUCACUGAUCGACUUCGUGCAGCGUCUGCUGACCAAGCGCUGCGCCAGCUUCUUUGCGCGCAACGAUAAAUAUUUGCUGAUGAGCGGGCUGCGUGCAGCGGGUGGCUUUGAGCCGAUUGGCACGCUCGAGGAGACGGCGCCGCUGUGUCUGCAGCAUGUGCUCAGCUACGAUGAUAUCAAGCUGUCGGCGCUACUCUCUGUCAGCUCGCACACGGAGUUCAUCAAUGAGGGCGAGCGCACCAAUUGCGGCCGUGUCACGCGCAAUCGCCAAAGCCUGGUGCCGGCUGGUGUGAUUAUUGGCCUGAUUGGAGCGCGCCUCUCCCGCCGCAAUCUAAUGGAAUUCCAGGACAUUGUCAUUGCGCGCACACAGAACACCAAGGAAAAUGGCUAUGGCCAGGCCUUGGAUGCGUCCGCCAAAACUCGCGCCGAAGACUAUCGCCGCUUGUGGCGCAACUUUUACGAGACGCGCGAUCACAUCCACGCCACUGUUAGCAUCGAUGGCCAGCGCUUUGGCUCAUCGGCCAACAAGCAGGAUAUAUUCGACAAUCUGGUCAUGAAGCGUCGCUAUGCCAUCAGCUUUGACCUGCUGCUGCUGGAGGCGCAGGCUCGGGCCGCCAGUGCCGGCAAGCCGGCGUACAUCCAUGUCGUCGGCUUUGGCCUGGGCGUGUGGAUGGUGGCGCCGCAGCAGGAGCAAAUCUUUCUCGAGACCUUCGAGCAGCGACUGCGCGCGUUGAGCAGUCGCCUCACCCACAUUGGCGUCGUUCACUUCUCGUGGUUUAAGCUUGCCCGUUGUGGUGGCCUCCACGACGGCGCUGUGCUCAAGUGCUCCACUCAUCCACAGGGCGGCAUCCGUGUGCAUCUGUCGAAACGGAAUCCGGCGGCGAAACUCAGCCAGCCGGAGCAUGAGGACAUGCUGCUGGUUGUCUCCUAUGCCUGGGAUGGCAAUGCUCUGCCUGGCAAUGAGUUCUGGAUGAAAAUGCUGAAAUCAACGGGAGACUCCUCGACAGCCUGCUCCACGCUGAUUACAGAGCUGCACAAUCCGCAUAUUAACACCGACUACUGCAGUGGCCAGAAUCUUCACAUUGCCUCCCAGAAAUACGGCGUCAUCCACAUUUCCGAAUAUGCGAAGCGCCUGCUGACAGACUCUGAAUAAAUAUUAUACAUACGAUCGUACGUAACCCGCGAAAAUUCAAAAUUCGCGAUACUUUUUGAACACACCUCGUAUAUACAGUUGAAAACGGGCUUAACCGACUGCGUAAUACUUUGAUACCAAUAAAUAGUACCAUCUAAUAACA